AACGGUGCAACAUGGGUAAGAAGCUGGAAGGAGGCGCGCGUGCAGCAGUUUAGUAAGGACGCGCAAGUGGAGCGCGGUGCCAUCACGCUCAGACACCCGCAGCUCGGGUUACGCAGAAAUGGCUGAGGCUGCUGGUUUUUCACUUGUUUUCACCCAAUUCAUAUUUCAUUUGACAUUCACAUCAUGCAUGGAGGUGGAUGUCUGCAUACCUAUUCGCCUUGACCACCAGAUGCGUGAAAAGCUUUCGCAUCGACAGGUGGAGCAGAUGGAUGGAAAGCAUGUUGUUUUCAGACUGAGUGCAUUCAGACAGGAGUUUUACCUCCAACUCACACCGGAUUCUAGUUUCCUCGCAGCUGGCAGCGAAUCUGCAGCAUCCAACGCUUCAACUGACUUCAGGGGAUGCUUCUACUCUGGCGAUGUUAAUGCAGACCCCGACUCUUUUGCCGCGGUUAGCCUGUGCAGGGGUCUGCAGGGGGGCUUCUCUUAUAAGGGCAUGGAGUAUUUUAUCACUACAAGCACCGAGAACGCUGCAGUUUCGUCUAAAAAUAGAAACAUUUUGGAAAUAACGCAUAUCAUCAGCCGCCGAAUGAUUGCUGCACAUUCAGGGGCCAACUUCACCAGUAGGUGUGGAGUCACACCCGACAGCAACGUCAGUGUUUCCUUGGAGAAAUACAAGCAUCUUCAUCAGCUGGAUGCUGAUAGUUUCACAGAAAGCGUUCUGAAAUCCCUGAGGAGGUCCAAGAGGUUCUCUUCUAUCCCCAGGUUUGUGGAAGUGCUGGUGGUGGCAGAUCAGUCCAUGGCUGCAUUCCACGGGGAUGACCUCAAACAUUACCUUCUGACCCUGAUGUCAGUAGCGGCCAGGCUGUACAAGCACCCCAGCAUACUUAACUCCAUAAAUAUAGUGGUGGUGGGCUUCAUGGUGAUAAAUGAAGCUGACAAGGGACCAAAGGUUUCCAGCAAUGCUGCCUUGACUCUGCGAAACUUCUGCUCCUGGCAGAAGAAGUUAAAUAAACCCAGUGAUAAGCAUCCAGAGUACUGGGACACUGCCAUCCUGUUCACCAAACAGGAUCUCUGCGGAGCCACAACCUGUGAUACUCUGGGGAUGGCUGAUGUUGGGACCAUGUGUGACCCUAAGAGAAGUUGUUCUGUUAUUGAGGAUGAUGGGUUACCCUCUGCCUUUACAACUGCUCAUGAGCUUGGCCACAUCUUCAACAUGCCCCAUGACAAUGUGAAGGCAUGUGAGGAGGUAUUUGGGAAACUAAAGGACAACCACAUGAUGUCUCCCACGCUGAUUCAGAUAGACAGGAGUCAGCCGUGGUCAGUGUGCAGCGCAGCCAUCGUUACUGAGUUCCUGGACAGAGGUCAUGGUGACUGCCUGUUGGACCUGCCUCAAAAGCAGCUCACUAUCCAGGACAGUCUGCCCGGGUCCAGCUACAGCCUGCACCGUCAGUGUGAGCUCGCCUUUGGCUCAGGCUCCAAACCCUGUCCCUACAUGCAGCCCUGCUCAAAGCUGUGGUGCACCGGGAGCGCUCGUGGACAGCAGGUCUGUCAAACCAGGCACUUUCCCUGGGCAGACGGCACAAGCUGUGUAUACGGCAAAGUCUGCUACAGAGGCGCCUGUGUUGAUAAGCACAGCACAAUGCAUAUCAAGGUGGAUGGCCAUUGGGGGAAGUGGGGUGCAUUUGGAGACUGUUCAAGAAGUUGUGGUGGAGGUGUUCAGUUGGCAAAGAGAGAGUGUAACAAUCCUGUCCCUGAGAAUGGUGGGAAAUACUGCUACGGCCUUCGCAUCAAAUACCGCUCCUGUAACCUCUACCCUUGCCCUGAAACAGGCAAAAGUUUCCGCGAGGAGCAGUGUGAGGCAUUCAAUGGCUUAAACCUGAACACCAGCAGACUGGGAACCAGCGUUGUUUGGAUUCCCAAAUAUUCUGGCAUCUCUCCCAAGGAUAAAUGCAAGCUCAUCUGCCGGGCCAAUGGAACUGGAUACUUCUAUGUUUUGUCACCUAAGGUUGUGGAUGGGACGCCCUGUUCCCCUGACACCUCAGCUGUGUGCGUUCAGGGAAAAUGUAUCAAGGCAGGGUGCGAUGGCAAGUUGGAUUCUAACAAGAAGUAUGACAAGUGUGGUGUGUGUGGCGGGGACAACCAGGGCUGCAAGAGGGUCUCAGGAAUGUUCACAAGGCCUGUUAAUGGCUACAACUUUGUGGUGACGCUGCCCAUUGGAGCCUCCAAUAUUGACAUCCGGCAACGGGGUUACAGAGGAAUGGUCAGUGACGAAAACUACCUCGCUGUGAAGAACCACCAUGGUAAAUACCUUCUGAAUGGCAACUACGUGGUGUCAGCUGCAGAGCGGGACCUGCUACUUAAUGGUAGCCUGCUGCGCUACAGUGGCACAUCCACAUCUGUGGAGAUUCUCCAGGUUACCAGACCUCUGCAAGAGCCACUAACUGUGGAGGUGCUCUCUGUGGGGAAGAUGACUCCUCCCAGGAUCCGCUACUCCUUCUACAUCUCAAAGGAGCGUAAGGAGGAGAAGAAUCUUUGGAAAGAGGAGAAAAGCCACAAAUCACAGAACAGUGUCUUGAUUGAUGACAAAAACACAAUAAUUAAGAAUGAGGUGAUGAGUAAGGCACCUGUUAGUCACUGGGUAACAGCAGGGUGGGAUUCAUGCACAGUGACUUGUGGGAAUGGUCUACAGAAGAGGUUGGUCCACUGCCAGAGCAUAGAAGGACAUCUUGCAACAGAUUGUGACAGUACUAAAAGGCCUGCAGCAGUAAGAGCCUGUGGGGAUCCAUGUCCUAUGUGGGAAGUAGGAAGCUGGUCUCAGUGCUCUAAGUCCUGUGGGAGAGGCUUUAAAAGACGUCCAGUGCGCUGCAUAACUGAGACUGGACUUAAUCUGCAGAGAAACCACUGCUCUGGAAAGAGGAAGCCUCAGGAACUGGACCUUUGCAACUUGACACUGUGCUAGUGCUAAACGCACCCAAAGGAUUUAUUGAAAUCUAGCAAAUCCUUCUCAAAUUGCCAUGAUGAUUCCGUGUUAAGAGCAAAAACUCUUGAAUACAGUCAGUAUGGGAUAGGGUUUUUGAUCCAUUGUUUACUAAAGACAAAAAACCCCUCCUGACAAUUGUUCCAAUUUACAUUAGUCUACCUCCAUCAGGACCUAUCAGAAUAAAACCUGCACAUGUAUGAGUGCUCUUUUAAGACAUGGUAUACAUCUGUUGUUUUUUAGUGCAGCAGUCAAAGUGAGUGCUGUUCAAAAAAGUCUCUUUCUGCAUCCGUAAUUAGACAUUCCAAAACUUCUUUGUUUUACACUGGACUAGAACGUUUGGUGAGACAUGAGAACCCUAUUGUUAGGUUGAGCUUUCUUAUCUUAAUGCCUAAAUAUAAAUGAAGAAUCCAUUGCCCUGCAGUCAGAAAGAAAAGUAGUACCUGAUUGAAAGAGUUAGUGUAACAGAGAUGUUAAUUGAUGUUAUCAAUUAACAAUAAAAUAAUUGCAUUUGUUGCAUUUAUAAGUUGAUUGAGAAUUUCGCAAUGCAUAAAAAAUGUGGGUUUUUUUUUCCAUUAGCCUGGCACUGUUCAGGAUUAGGAUGGGUUAGUGAAACUGAACUAAAGACAUGGUCAAUGACAGUUAUUUAAGUAAUGACCUCACGGAGCAAAAUAUAUUUUCACCUGUAGCCAGAUUGGUUUGUUUUGGUUGUUCCCUUAAUAAAUGUAAAUAUCAUUUGAAAACUGCAUUUUGUACUUACUCAGAUUAUUUUUGUCUGAUAUUAACAUUUGUUUUAUGACCUGAAAAAUUUAGGUAUGACAAAAAAAUUAAUUUCAGUUUCAUAACGCCUUAAAAUUUGAAUGAGAAUUUUUUACAUUUCCGAAAGAAGCAAUGGGAGAUUUUUGUAUGUUUUACAGGAUUUCAAAUUCAUUUAGAAUAAACAGUACGUUUUGACUUAGCUAAAGAUGAUUAGAUGAAUUAAAGGGAGCUCAUAACCAAUGGACUCAAGAAUUCCAUCUAUUAUUAAUUUCCUGAUAUUUAUUCACUGCUGAUUUUGACAAAAGAAACACACUAAAUUAACAAAUGUAAAACUGACAAAUGAAGAGAAACAAAAAUAACUGAUCUACAACUAACUUACUAUUGAGAUUCAAAAUUAACAUAAUUAAACAGGUUAAGAAUCUAAAAACAUCCAGGAGAUUGUCAGUCAGAAGCCUGAAGAAAGGAAUUUAUGUCCUUUUUCUAAGUUCUAAGAUCUUACUUUAACUGAAAAAUUAGACACAAAAAUAGACAAGUGUAUUAGCGAUCAUUCCUCUCUGAUUCAAAAUAGACUGUCAAAAAGAUCUUUGAUUUCCUUCCUCUUUGGAGAAACUUUAUACACCUGUUAUCAGCUUUAAUUUAAAUAGAUGCAACAAUAGCAUUCAGUUUAAUAAUGUUGGGAAUUAAUUUAUUUUGACUAAAUCUAAAAUCUUGUAAAGCUUGUAAUAUGGUCUAGUAAUAUGUUGUGCUCAUUAUAAGCUAACUGAUACAGCAGCUAAAGAGUGCUUUGUGACACAGGCCUCACUUUGACAAGAAAUGUGGCUUUUUAAUAUUGCCAGAUCUCAUGAUCCCUGUACUGUCAGUCUUUAGUAGCAAUCUAAGUUAAUAGUAUUGCAAUGAGAUCUUCUGUUUGCAGAGUGUGGCAUAUCCUCCUAUGAGCCUUUCCUGAUUAAAAAUGAGACAUCAACAUCUGCACAUGGGUUAUGACAGAACAUGCAAACAAUUCAUAUUGAACAUUUUUGAUGGAGUUGCAAACGGUCAAGGGGUGUACCCACUCUCUGAUCUAAUUUAGGAUGGGGUAGACUUCUUAUCAAAUGUAUUAUACGAGUCUCCAAGUGGAUCAUCUUAAAUUUCCUCUUCAUUUCUGUUUACUUGUUAUUUUCAUGUUAUUUGUCUAAACACUAAACACAAAGGCAAAAACAGUUGUGUGCAGUGUUCCAACCAUCCAUCUGUCCACUGUCUUCUGCUCAUUUGAAGUCAUAUCAUAAAGAAAUCAUGUUUA